GUGUAUGCGUGCGUGUAUGUAACAACUUGUUGCUCGCCAUCGUCGUCGCAGCUCGUUCGUCCACCGCCGUUGCUGCCGUUGCCGUCAUCGCAUUCGUCCAAAGUAGUCGCCGUCGUUGCCGCAUAGUAGUCGUUCUGCUGUGUGGACGUCGCGCUUGUCCGUUUUUACUGUGUUAUUUCAAGUAUCUAAAAUUUUCGUCUGGAAUAAUUUACCCAAAUGCACUAAAUUUUCAGAAUUGUCCAACUCGUGAAUUCCCGUACGACGAAUAACUUGUGUACAAAUAGACAAAACAUUUCCAGAAAAUAACAACUUUUCCCCCGUCAAUUGAUUUAUUUUCAAAAUUGGAGUGUUUUGAAUUUGCCGCCGCUGCCGUUGAAAUAUUUUUAAGGUUAUGUACCGUGUUGCUGAUAACAACCAUUUUCCCGAAUUGCUGUGGUGAUAACAGACUUGGUGUGAGUAUGCCAGUGUGUUUUUGUGUGUAAUGACUACGGUGGACGUACAUAACUGCCCGUGAACGAACGUUAUCGUCAAACUCCGCGGUCUCCGCCAAUACUUCAUGUUUUCGGCUCAUUGUUAUAAGCGCUACUGUUGUUGCCACCGUCCACGACGUUGAAGUUGUUAAUGUUGCCGAUAAUGAUGUCAGGUCUCCGGACGCGGAUACGUUUAGUCAACUCGGAUUCGAGAUGGUGACGCAUCCAUUUGAGCUGCUUUCAAAUAUGGAGCUGUUGGUCUGCAGGUGAAAUGCAGAACAGUCGAGUUAAGGAGGUGAUUAUCAUCUUGUUGCUCGUGUUCUUUAUGUUGUCAGAUCCCGCAACGCCUACCGAUUUAUACGCCGGCAACUCGGUGCUGAGAAACCUAACGGUCGGAUAUCUUACUGCUGCCAAAGGAAAAUUGCCUGACAGACAGGGACUGUCGAUUUCUGGAGCGUUGACAUUGGCGUUGAAAGAAAUUGAAGAAGACCCAUACCUCUUACCAAACGUGUCACUUGUGCUGAAAUGGGACGACACGCAAGGCGAUACAAUGCACGCGACCAAAACUAUUACACAAAUGAUAUGUGAUAAAGUAGCAGUGUUUUUCGGACCGGAGGGUAAUACAUGUCAUACUGAAGCGGUUGUGGCCCAGGCGUGGAACAUUCCAAUGAUCAGUUAUAAAUGUGCAGAUUACAAAGCAUCUGACGUACCAACGUUUGCACGAACAGACCCUCCAGAUACCCAAAUAACCAAAUCGAUUAUAUCAUUGUUGCGGUAUUACAAUUGGAAAAAAUUUAGCAUUAUUUUUGAAGAAGGUUGGAAGUCAGUAGCAGAUUCCCUUAAAAUACAAGCAAAGAAAGCUAACAUGACUAUAAAUCAUUACAAAACAAUUGUUGAUCUUUACAAAUGCUGUGAAUUAGAUCAAAAGUGUUGCAGUAAUGCUUAUUGGUAUCAACUUGUGCAAGAAACUAAAAACAAAACUAGGAUUUAUGUGUUUCUGGGUAGUUCCAACUCUUUAGUUGACAUGAUGACCAUCAUGCAAGCACUACAGUUAUUUGACAAUGGUGAUUACAUGGUGAUUUAUGCAGACACCAAAAUUAAUUCAAAUAAAGAUGCCAGACAUUAUUUAUGGAAGCAAAGGAGCAAUGGUGCUUAUGAGCUAGCAGAUUGUAUGGAGGAAAGGAAUUUCUUGAAAAGAGCUCGUUCAUUAUUGGUUGUUAUGGCUUCACAACCAACUCCAUCAACAUAUGAACUGUUUACAAAAAAAGUCCUUGAUUUUACUAGUAAAGAUCCAUUUAAAUUUUCUACUCCAAAUGUAUUUAAGAAUGUUUCUUAUGUUAAGUUUGUUUCAAUAUACGCUGCAUAUUUAUAUGAUUCAGUCAUGUUGUAUGCCCGUGCAUUAGAUUUUUUACUUAAAUCAAGAUCCAGUGUUCAAAACAUUACAGUUGAUAUUAUAGAUGAAGUAGCAUCAAAUGGGACAUUAAUUAUUGAGACGAUAAUAAAAAAUAUUACAUACCAAAGUGUUACUGGGUCAACUAUAAAGUUAGAUUCUAGUGGAGAUUCAGAAGGUAAUUUUUCUGUAGCUGCGUUAAAACCACACAAUUUUUCUUUUCAAGUAGCUGAUGGAAACUUCACUUGUCCAUACUUCAUGUUAAAUAUAGCUCAAUUUCAAUUUCAACAUGGUGAAUUACCAGAAUACAAAUUGUAUUCUCCAUCUAUGAAAAUAGAUUGGCCUGGUAAAAGUCGACCUGAUGAUGAACCUAGUUGUGGCUUCAAUAAUGAAUUAUGUCAAAAUGAUUUUCAAAGAAGCUCUAUUUUUAUAGCUAUUGUAUUGGGACUGACACUUUUUUGUGCAAUUGUCAUUACUUUAUCUAUUUAUAGAAAAUGGAAAAUUGAAUUAGAAAUUGAAGGAUUAUUGUGGAAAAUUGAUCCAUCAGAUUUACUUGGAUAUUAUAAUAAAGACAUUGUAUCCUCUCCAAGCAAAUUAAGUUUAGUUUCCGCUAUGUCUUAUGAGUCUCGAGCUGGUCUUCAAGUAUUUGCUAUGACUGGACAUUAUCGAAAUAUUAUGGUCAGAAUUAAAGAACUUAAAUUUUCUAAACGUAGGGAUAUAUCUAGAGAACAAAUGAAAGAAAUGAGACUGUUAAGAGAUUUAAGGCAUAAUAAUGUAAACUCAUUUAUUGGAGCUACUAUUGAACCAACUAGAAUUUUAAUUAUUACUGACUAUUGUGCCAAAGGAAGUCUCUAUGAUAUUGUAGAAAAUGAAGACAUAAAAUUAGACAAAAUGUUUAUUACAUCUUUAGUUCAUGAUCUCAUUAGGGGUAUGAUAUUUAUUCACAACUCGCCUUUAGGUUGUCAUGGGAAUUUAAAGUCAUCUAAUUGUGUUGUAACUAGUCGUUGGGUAUUGCAAGUGACUGAUUUUGGACUACAUGAAUUAAGACAGAGCGCAGAAAACGACUCUAUUGGUGAACAUCAGUAUUUUAGAAAUUUAUUAUGGAAAGCUCCAGAAUUGUUAAGAAAUCCAACAUCAUCUGUUAAAGGUACACAAAAAGGUGAUAUUUAUGCAUUUGCCAUUAUUUUACAUGAGAUAAUGUGCCGAAGAGGUCCUUUUGGCGCUUGUGGCGUUGAAGAACCUAAAGAAAUCAUAAGACUGGUUAAGAUAGGUUAUGAUGAAAUAAAUGGUAUUCCAUUGCGGCCUAGUAUACAUUAUCUAAGAGACUGCGAGUUUGCUGAGGAUUAUAUAGUUCAAUGUAUAACUGAUUGCUGGGAUGAGUAUCCUGAGAAUAGACCAGACUUUGGUACAAUAAGAGCCCGAUUAAAAAAAAUGAAAGAUGGAAAACAAAAAAAUAUUAUGGAUCAAAUGAUGGAUAUAAUGGAAAAGUAUGCAAAUAACCUCGAGGAUCUAGUCAAUCAACGUACAAAUGAGGUUUAUGAAGAAAAACGUAAAACUGAAGAUUUAUUACAUAGAAUGUUACCUGCGCCAGUUGCAAAACGUUUGACUUUAGGAUAUGGUAUUGAACCCGAAUCUUACAACUCAGUUACCAUUUAUUUUAGUGAUAUUGUUGGUUUUACUGCUAUGUCUGCUGAAAGUACUCCAUUACAGGUUGUUAACUUUUUAAAUGACUUAUACACUUUGUUUGAUAAAAUUAUUAAAGGAUAUGAUGUUUACAAAGUUGAAACUAUUGGAGAUGCUUAUAUGGUUGUUUCAGGAUUACCUAUCAAAAAUGGUAAGAGACAUGCUGGUGAGAUAGCAUCAAUGUCUUUAAACUUACUUGAAGCUGUUAAACACCACAAAAUAGCUCAUCAACCUGAAUCAACAUUAAAAUUGCGCAUUGGAAUUCAUACAGGACCUGUUGUCGCUGGUGUUGUUGGUUUAACUAUGCCAAGAUAUUGUCUUUUUGGAGAUACAGUCAAUACAGCAUCUAGAAUGGAAUCAAAUGGAGAACCAUUAAAAAUACAUAUAAGUGAGCAGUGUAAAAGUGCAUUAGAUGAGUUAGGUGGUUACAUAAUCAAGGAACGUGGUUAUGUUAGCAUGAAAGGCAAAGGUGAAAUUCUCACAUAUUGGUUGGAAGGAACUAAUGAGAAUGCUAUAAAACGUAGAGAUGUAGACUUGACUGAACUGCCACCUCUGUUUUGUGGAUCAAAACGACAUAGUCCAAAAAUGUAUGCUGGAUUUGGAGAAUACGGUAGUAGACGUCCAUCAUUUUCUCCACGCAUAAACUCUGUUGAUAGAAGUGCAAAAGAUAGUUAUAGCUAUCUACAAGAUCAAAGGCCUUCUCCUUUACCUCCUAUAUUACUUGAACCACUGCGUAGGAGAAUGGUGCAAUCUGCUUCAAUGGAUCCUUUUCCUAAUAAACAACUAAGCCGUGUAAGCUCUUUAAUUAAGAGAAGUUGCCGUUCCCUAGAGGACUCCAAACUUAUUGAACAAACCUCAAAAGAAGAAAAUUACUGUGGAGAUAGUGGUGCUGAAACUGUAGUGAAUGGUAGCCUUCAGUAUGCACCUCUACUAACUGAUGACAAUAAACGAUGGCAUUCAUUUGAAGAUAUAGCACAAGAACCUCAUAGGAAAAAGUUGGUUUCUAGAGGUUCUAUAAGAAAUUGGCUUGUAGGUUUAUUCAAUGGUACUGCUACAUCUUGUCGAAGCAGUGAAGUAUCAUUACGAAAAGUAUACUCUGACAUGCAACACAUAGUAGAUAAAGAAAGUGUCGUAUGAAACUUGUAAAAUUUGCCAUACUUCAGAAUUUAACGAAUAAAUAAAAUCCACAUCACAAAAUUUAAUUUAGUACUGUUAAAUAUUUAUUAUUAAUUUUUUACUAAGAUUAAAUUUAUUAUCACUAUAUAAUUAUUGUGCCAUUUGUAAUAAAUAACUAGAUACCUAAGAAAUACUGCGUCUUAAAAAAAAUUUACAUUGU